AUGGGGCUCAUUGUGGGACUGAGUCUUCCAUCCAACCCGGAGCUGCCUGCACCACUGAACAUCGUCAGCCCCAUCAUCGGCUGGACCUACUUUGCAGCUUGGAGCGUUUCGUUCUAUCCACAAGUCUGGCUCAACUACACUCGCAAGAGCGUGUCUGGCUUGUCACUGGACUUCCAGAUCCUUAACCUCCUGGGCUUCAUCUGCUAUGCUGUGUACAACGUAUCGCUGUAUUGGAAUGCUGCCAUCCGUGAGGCAUACCGCCUUGUACACGGGGGCAACUCGCCUGCCGUCCACGCCAACGACGUCUUCUUUGCACUGCAUGCGGCGGUGCUGACAAUGGUCACCCUGGCGCAGAGCCUGGCGUAUCCGAGUAGCCGGACCCCACCCAGCCGGCUGUGUGUAGCCGCGGUGGUGGCUACCAGCGGGGCCGUCCUGGCUUAUGCCGCCGCCCUGUACUGGGCCCCGGGCCUGCAUCCAUCCUGCCUCAACGGCUGCACUGAAGGCACCUGGUUCACCUGGCUGAAUUUGCUGUACCUAGUCUCCCUCGUCAAGCUGGCGGUGUCCCUGGUGAAGUACAUUCCUCAGGUGAUCCUGAACCAUCGCCUGCGCUCCACUCGUGGAUGGAAUGUGUGGAACGUGCUGCUCGAUUUUGAGGGAGGCGCCCUCUCGCUUGCCCAGAUGAUCAUUGACAACAGUGUUUGCGGGGAUUGGAGCGCCAUUACUGGCAACCCUGUCAAGUUUGCCCUGGGAUUCGUAUCUAUGUUUUUUGACGUCAUAUUCGUCGGCCAGCAUGUGGCGUUCGGAAAGCGGCGCGGGGUCCAGGAUGCAGAGGGCGAGGAGGGGAGUGGAUUGCUUCCAGUGAGCGACGAGGCGCAGCCCGCAAACGUAUGA